AUGGAAGUCGGUUCGCGUGUAGUCCGUGGUCCGGACUGGAUGUGGGGAGACCAGGAUGGAGGAGAAGGAAAUGUUGGAACCGUGGUACAACAUGGACAAGAUAGAAACCUUCCCGAUGGAACUGUUUUAGUUCAUUGGGAUUCUGGAAGACAAGCUAAUUACCGCGCUGGACAUUCGGGAAAGUUUGAUCUUCGGAUUUUGGACUGUGCUCAAGCAGGCAAGUAAAUUAUUCACUUUCGAUUUGGCCACAAAUUUUUCCCUUAAGAACAAGAGUGUUCCAAUCUGUUUCACGCCACUUUCAAUUUUAACACGCGAUGACGAGGUUAAGACUAUAAAUGUUUACGUUCUUUAUCACUGAAUCUUUUACCCUCACUCUGUUUGUGCCAAUUUGGAUUUUAUUAUUUCUUCCUAACAACGUAACGAUAAAAAAACUAACUAAAGACUGCAAAACUCAAAGAUUUUGGAUUCUAAAUAGAAUUUGCAUAUUGACGAAGCUACAAUCGUGAAGCUGGUUGAAACGGGUUGAUGAACAUAGUCAAGUAGCUAUAACUAUUUUCUUAGUUGUAAUGUAAGGUUCUCGCUGCCCUUGUGAGCUCAGAAUUAGUACUAAUGAUGAAUUAGUACCAGUACUAGUAUCCCAUUGUAAAUUAAUUCAACAAUGAGUUUCUCCGUUCGAAGUCAAGUUCAUGUUGCGUAUGUGUUUUUGAAGUCAUGUAAACCAUGCAGUUUGUUGAUCGUUUUUAUCAAAGAGUUUAUAAGGAAUUGCCUGAGCUUAGUAAUACCUUUUCGAUAUGCAAUUAUAUUACAAGACGCUUGCAGAGGUUAUGGCUGAAGACACAAAAUACAGUACUUUACUACUGUCAAGAUAUUCCUGAGUAAGGGUCUUUUUGCCUUUGCGGGCACAACAACAUGCAAGGCGGAAGUACACAUCCGGGAUUCAGCGACUCGGUGAUGUUUAUAGUAAUAAGUAAAAAAUUCAGGGAUCAACAAGAAUACGCAUUUUUCUUAUGAUAUAUUUCUUACCCAUAUAAAUUUGCAAUUUUUUUUCUGAAGCAUUUUCUCUUUUUGGCUUUUCCUCAUAUUAUUUGACCCUUAAUUUUGUGAUUAAUGGGACUUGUGUAGGACAGAUUGAUUACAUUAUUUUCACAAUUUAUGUGGUAUUUUAUGAAAGAGUAAGAUAAAAGUAAGACUGUGUAUAAGGCACACAUGUGCCCCAUGCCUAGGAAGUAACUAUUCUGAAAUGCCCUCUCGAUGCUGCCGUAGGUGUGAAGCACACUUUUGUCACAUGUGAUGGCUGUAAGCAGUCUCCUCUCGCUGGAACAAGGUGGAAAUGUGCAGACUGUCCAAACUAUGAUCUCUGUUCACCAUGCUUCAUGAAUGACGUUCAUAACAUGCAUCAUUCAUUCCUACGUUUUGACAUUUCGGGUGGAGAUGGGUAAGUAUAACGUACCUUAUGGGUUUAAUUUAGUCUCUUCUUUUCCCUCACUUUUGCCGGAAGGUUUAUUCUUGUUCCUUUAACACUUAAAAGGAACUGAUGCAGCGUACAACUACAUGUAACAGUUUUUAUCUACGAGUACAAGGAAAGGGUAUUCAUCAUCAUUAUCAUAUCCUUUAUUUAAACACAAUUGGAUUUAAAUUUAAUAAUCAAUGCCUGUAUGGUCAUGUAGAAAUAAUUACAAUAUAGUCAACUAUGAUAAUAAUAAUAAUAAGGAUAAAAUUACUUACAACAUACAACUACAAUUACAGUAUGACUGGGAAAACCGUGAACACUUGAAAUAUCCCUGGAAUGUUUAUUGUGUUGUGACCAAUCACGGCAAAGAUCAGGACAUGCGAACUAGCCACAAAACCACAAACUUAUUAAUGUUCUUGAUUGUGGUUCAGUUUUCUUACAACACACUAACUUUCCAGAAAUAUUUUGGUGUUCAUAGUUUUCCCGGUUUGACUGUAAAACUAUAAAAAGUUACAAUAAGAUUCUUAAAAGACAAUAUGUAAAAAAUUAAAAUGAAGAGUGUUGCUAUAUAAUGCAUAUUAAUAUGAAAUAAGUUUAGCACUUCAAUAAUUGAUCAUAAUUAUGAUGACUUGUUAUCAGGGAGGUACAGUCUAAGCACUAAAAAUAUAGAUAUGGAUCGGCUCACCAAAUACUGAGACUGAUACAUGAUCCUAAAGCUUAUGGCCUUUUACAGUGCAUGUGCUGUAUUGACCACUUUGAUGUUACACUUGAGACUCAGUCAGCGUUGGUGUUAUGCUGAAUUGUCCUACAUGGACAGUUUUGUGAGACGAAUUUAAUGAUACAGUUAACACCCUCCGAAAAAAUCAAGUGGAUUAGCCCUUUCACUGCCAGAGCUAGUGAAUGAUUGAGUCUUGUGAGGUGGUUCUCAACUUUUGAGUCUGUUGAUGAAAUCCUAUGGUGUUACCAUUCAAAUGAAGCCUCUUGAGCAGUACUUUCACAUAGUACUAUUUAUUUAGUAUGUAGUACUAACUUUUGAGUCUGUGGAUGAAAUCCUAUGGUGUUACCAUUCAAAUGAAACCUCUUCAGCAGUAUUUUCACAUGGUACUAUUGAUUUAGUAUGUAGCUCUAUCUUAUGAGCCUGUGGGCGAAAUGAGGUGGUGUGAUCAUUCAAAUGAAAACCUCUUGGGCAGUACUUUCACAAGAUGCUAUUUGCAUUUUAAAAUGACUUUGGUCUCUUUUGAGAGUCGGUGAAAGGGCUAACAAACUCAGGCUGAAAUUUGAUGAAUUAAGCACCAUACAAAUAAGAACCAGUUCAGAGAGUGCUCUGGCUGGAUGUGAUGAUUCUGCUUUACUAACAAAAUUUGCUCGCUCUUUCAUUUACCCCUUUUUAAUAGUUCCAUGACUGUUUUUGAUUUUUUGGCGAUUUUUAUAGUCAUGAGGAUUUUUCCAGAGGUAUGCGCAGGUUUUCAAAUCGACCCUAAGCCCCAUCCCCCAAAUCAUUUCCACGUUGGUGAAUGAUUCAAUUUCCGUUUCUCAUCAGUGUGUAGGUUAUCACUGCCGAUGUGGGGAUUUAAGUAGAUAUUAUCUUCUUCUUAGAAUCCCUGUUGGAAAACGCUCGAACUUCACCAAGCAACAAUCAAGAGGCCUUUUUCCGGGUGCCCGAGUAACGCGUGGGCGAGAUUGGAAAUGGGGAGACCAAGAUGGUGGAGGCAGUCAUGUUGGACAAUUAACAGAAAUAACCUCUUGGAAUGGAGUGGAGAGGGCAGGUGCCAAUGUUAUGUGGAGUCUGCUUAGCAGGAACACCUACAGAACAGGUCACAUGGGAGAGGUACGUUUUGGUAAAUUAAUGCCUUCGACUGGGUCUGGAAACGGUGAUCCUGAUUCUGCAUUCCGGAACCUUUUGGUUUUAUUUAUUUAUUUACCAUUUAGGUCUGUCGCUCGACACUCAGCAUUUUAGAACGCUCUAAAAAGGAAAAACAAAUGUGUCUGAAAUGGCGUUUUUAAACGCAAAAGUAAUGAUUAGAAGUGUUGAUAAAUGUUUGAAAUUGCAUUUUCAAAAGCAGCGAUUGAAUUGGAUAAUGCUGUUUCCCUUGGGAGUUGAUUCCAUUUUGUAAUUGUCCUUGGGUAGAAAGAAUACUAGUGGUAAUCCCUAAUGGUUUUCGGCUUUUUCACGAGAAUUCUGAAUCCCAAACUUCUUUGGUCGCUAUCCCAAAUGUCAUUUUCUUUCCUUAUUCGCAGCCUUGCCUAAAUUUUGCGGAAUCUCGCUUUGCGGGCAGCAGUCAAAUCCUGUAUCCCGUCAGCGUUUUCCUGAAAACCGCACUGUCUUUUGGUUAAAUCCCGUAUCCCGUCAGCGAUUCCCGACUCCCGCACUGUAUUUUGGUCAAAUCCCGCAUCCCGUCAACGUUUUCCCGAAUCCCGCUCUGUCUUUUGGUCAAAUCCCGGAUUCCGGGAUAUCCUUUGGCGUAAUACAUCAAACGCGAGUGGUGCAUCCCACAUCCACAUACGGUUUAGGGUCAUCUUGCCACCAAACCAUCUCGUCACCAACGAAAUCGCCACCAAGAAGUCUACUCGCCACCGCAUAAUAACUCUGUAAUAAUUGACACUUUACUCACCUGGGAUUGCAGGGGCCGAUCUAGGGGGAGGGUGCAGGGGGUUUGCACCCCCACUCCCCCCUAAGAUGACAGAAUGCGAAAUGCUAUUUUCAGCACUUGUCAUGAGACAUGGCUCCGAAAAAUCGACCUCGAAUAUGAAAAUGGCAAACAAUUGCAAGUCACUAUUAUCAAAAUAACUGAGUCUAAAGAAAACAAAUCCAUCCGAAGACUUGAUGUGUCUAGCUACACAGGUCGGGGGGCGGGGGAGAAGGGGAGGCAGCUGCCUUCCUUGCUCCCCUGCUAGCUACGGCUCUGCAAAGGAUUUCUUAUCUGAUUAGUUUGCGCAAAAUUUUGAGACCCGAUUUCGUAUUCUCAGGUACUCUCCGGCUCUUCACAGUACACGUAGUGAUUUCCUAUGUUUCAGUCUUAAAGCGUCUUUUGUAAGUUUGAGAAAUAAUGAUAAGCUGCUCUGUUGACAUCUACACUGAAUGCUCUCCGCAGAAGCGCGGUAUUUUUGUUAAGUAUUUUUUUUGAGUAUCCCCCUCGAGCCACUCUUUAACAUUUAGCGGAAACUUUCCGGCUGAUUUGGAAGGUUGGUACUUGGACAUACUUUAGAAACAUUUCGUUAUAUACGUUUUCUUAAAUGUUUGCUGUGUUUGUUAUUUUCUAAGGUGGACCUUAAAUGCUCAUCCCCUGCGAUUGGGCCGCCAUACUAUCGUGAAUGUUUGGCGAAACUCGGAGAAAAUAGACGGCGACUCGAUUCAAGUCGAUUGCGUGUCGGAGAUCGGGUAUCUGUGUGUCUGGAUGCUGAGGUGUUGAGAGCGAUGUCUGCUGGUCAUGGUGGCUGGGUUGAUGACAUGGCUAAAGUAAGAAUCACGAUUUAGUUGAGAAAACAGGUAGCCUCCCUCGCAGGUGUUUUUAGUGAGUGGAGCUCUCCUAAAAACGCCUGCGUGGGAGGCUAGAAAACAGGGGGAUCAGAAAACUGUACCGUGAAUGUUACUUUGUGAACUGUAAUAGGGUUAAAAUUGAAAUACUUGAAUGUAGGUUUUUACAUCUUGUCCGGCCUUGAUCUACGUCCACACGGCAAUAGACGAUAAUUAUCGACUGGUUUAAAAUUUGUGCGUUUAGGGGUUCCGUUCACACGGACAAAAAUUUAUACGCUUAGCCGUUCAACCUUGCUCGUUAGGUCCGUGUGAACAGAGUGAAAAUAUCGAACGAUUCCGUGUGAGCGAUGUGUCCGCUCAAAUUUUUCAGCGGCCGGUUGAAAACGCGUCCUUAGUCGUGUGAAGUUAGCUUUGCGGUCUGAUAGUGAACCUGGAACACGAAAAUAGCAGUAUAACUCGAAUUUUUGAGUCUAGGUACAAAAUCUUAAAUUUUGACCAAAGAAAUGAAAGCUACUGAGCAGUACUUUCCGCCGGUACUGUUUAUUAUGCUGUACAAGGUGGUUCUAACUUUUGAGUCUGAAUUAUCUCCUAACGCGUGACCAUUCAAACGAACUGAGCUACCGAGAAGUACUUACCUGUGGCACUGUUAAUUGAAAUGUGAUAUAUACUAAAUGCUUCUAACUAUUGAUUCUGUGGUUCAUGCUGUACAUAGGAAAACGUUUUAACCAGCUUUCUCAUCUUUGUAGUGCAUAGGCAAAGUUGGCAAAAUAUCUAAAAUUGACGCUGAUGGUGAUGUUCACGUUAGCUAUGGACUACAAAGUUGGGUUUUCCAUCCACAAGCCGUAACUAAGGUAUGUAUCGAAUGUCCGUUAUCUCGCCUAUUGCCGUGGUGCUUGUCUUGCUCUCACUUGAGUGCAGACUUUCUCUUGCUAAGGAUCAAAAGGACGCUCGAUUUCCUCCGUCUUCCUGGUCUGGUCUUUGAUCCUCUCCCGAUCCCUUUGGUUGAAUAACGACCACAUCUUGACCUCUAACUGGCUUUUCCAGUACCUGUCGCUGUAAAUCUUAAAAAGUUUAGAGUUUAAAGGAUUCUAAAACUCGAUCGAAAGCCAACUGGGGGGACCUCUCUUUUCUGAUAUGAUAAAAUUAUGCGAAAAUCGUUGCCAGACGAAACUCUGCAGGCGGUACCUAUGUACCUGAUUGGCUGAAACCCGUAAAGGAAAUCAUACUCUUCCAGCCGCUCCUUCUGGAGGAUGAGCGCGGGCUCAUUUUCCUGAACAGCGGCUGGUAAUCGAGCCCAAAUCAAGAGGUUGUUAAGCAAUUGAACGCCAGUGUGAUUAGUACGUCUAUUGUGCGAAUACGCUUUUGGUAUUUCGACUCCACAGGUGGCCAGUUUUCAGGCAGGAGAUAAAGUCCGAAUUUUAAGCGACAAACAACUUGUACAAAAUCUACAACAGGGCCAUGGUGGUUGGAAUGAGAAAAUGACGACGGUGAGUCUUGGGUCUUACGGCGGCUAUGAUACAUAACUCUUUCUUUGUUACUCAAUUAUGUCAAGGCAAGGCUCUUCCGUCAACCUUGCAGCCUAAUACGCAAAACGUGCAAAUAAUAGAACCGAAAGUUAACUUUAAAGUUAGGCCCGCGGAAGAACCUUAUAUGACAUCCGAAACAAAUCUACCGUUGGUAGACCGACUGAGCUACGUGGCCAGACGGGAUCAUGUCGUGGGUGAUUGAGAUGGUAAGUCUCGCCCAAGAACAAGAGUGAAGGUUUAGGAUACAUUAAAAUAUUGUGCCGCAGAGCAACAUACCAAACGAGUAGUUAGUUUGUGUGCUCUUGGAGGUAGAGUUUUCAGUUUUGUCGAGGGUAUUUGUCAUUUGUCUCCGAUCACCUUAAGUCACACGACAUUGGCACUUGUUGUGUCUUAAGUAAACGUACCUUACAGGACAGCAGAUAAAAAGCGGAAAAGGCAGCUUAAACCUCUAAUGUAAAUCACGCAUCGGUAACAUGUUGCUUUUUCUAACAUCUUUUGUUUACGCUGAGAAAGGAUAUCAGAAUUGUACUUUAUUUUUUAGUUUCAAGUUCUGAAUUGUAGACCUUUUCCCACAAAAAAUAUAUGGCACAUGGGUGCUCGUCUUUAAAAUAACAAUCAGAACCGUAUGCUGACUAAGUUUCGUAACUUACUAGGCUUUAGGAAAAGAGGGAAGGAUCUUAGAAGUGGAUUCUGAUGGUGAUGCUGUGGUUUUGGUUGAUUCGGAUUUGUGGUUAUUGAACCCAGCUGCAUUAGAAGAUAUGUCGGAAGGCGGUGAAGCUACAUCAAGACGAGGCAAUACUUCCCCCACUAGUCCAGGUAACUGAGUGACAACUGAACUGUUCUGGUUCAGUUUGUAUAAAUGCAACUUCAGUCCUUACAGCUAAUGUCCCAUGUUUAGUACUGGCAGUCUCUUUACUUAACCACUAGAGGACGUUUCAUUUUAUGUGAUUGGCCCCUGUGGUAUUUUGGGACCAAAUUUUGAACGGGGAUUAACAAUGUCGUGCAACGCUGACUGGGUGUUAUCUCCUGGAAUGUUUGCAAACAUGCUAUCCCCCCUCCAUCCUCGGAGACCCAGGGGCAGAUAGUGGGGGCGAGGGAAUGUCUAAACGGGCGGAAAAAUAUGGCACGAAGAAAAGUAAAGAACGGCGAGAAGAGCCCCUGGGGACAAUGUCUUACCAGACCAGUUCCAAACGGUCGCCGCCGUUCUGCCUUCUGAUUGGGCAGAAAAACACAAAAAAGUUUUCUGGCCCCAAUCAGAUGUCAGAACGGCGGCGACCGUUUGGAACUGGUCUGGCAAGACAUUGUCCCCAGGGGCUCUUCUCGCCGUUCUUUACUUUUCUUCGUGCCAUAUUUUUCCGCCCGUUUAGACAUUCCCUCGCCCCCACUAUCUGCCCCUGGGUCUCCGAGGAUGUCCCCGCUCUACCCUUAACUUGUUUAGGCGAGUUGUACCUUUCCGAUAUAUCAGUCUAUGUCAAUCUGGAACAAUGCGAUCACUGUUUAUCUUAACCUGGCUGCGUAAUUGACUACUCUGAGUGAUUACUGUGAACCUCCUUCCACAGUUGACCGAGCAACGGAUCUCUUAAGGAUGCUUCUUCUUGAAGCUGUUACAUCCAAAGGAGGCAGUGUCGAUCCGGGAGACAGAUUAGUAAAUGCUUCAUCCAAUGGUAACCUUCAGGAGGUCCGUGAAAUUCUUGAAGCACAUCCUGGCAAGGUAUUCUUCUGCGUCUAACAGGGAGCUUAAGCAACGACGACGGCGACGGCAACGAGAACAGCAAAAAAGCAAUAGGUUUAGAUCGGCAAAACAACAACUAAUUUGCCCGUGCAUCACGCUUUUUUGUAUAUUUCUUAACCGCCGUCGCACGACUACAACGUGAAAGUGUCUAAAAUGACGUUUUGUCGACCACGGGAACACUGGACAACAAGUUUCUUAUUCUUUUCCAGAACUUUGAUACAGUCCUUUAGAAUUCAACGCCAAAAAAAUUUGCCAACAUUUGACGAAUUAAACAAGAUGGAAUAAGCGCGAUAAAGUUUGAGGCAGCGCGAAUUCACUUUUAAAGUGACGUUUUCAUCGCCGUCGCCGUCGUCGAUGCUUAAAAAAUUACUCCACUUCCUUUACAGCGGUUUUCAAUCAAAAUUGGAUCUAGCCAAUUAAAGUAGAGUCGGUCAUUCAUUGAGCCAAUCAAAACUCAAAGCAGAUUCUUAAAGCCGCUGAAUUCGCGGGAAAACGUGUGUACGCAAGUUGCGAACGGCUUGAUUCAUUUCUGAUUGGUCAAGAACACGUAAAAAUGCAAAAACAACUCAGUCUCGAUAUAUUUUUUUUCAAUAGGUAAUAAAAAAGUACCUUUCAGUUACCUACCCUUUAAAUUACUAAAUGGCACUAUUGAUUAAUCGCGGUUAGCUGGCAGAUAUUGACAAGAAAUGAUUAAUCAAGCAUUUUCAUUACAUUCUAUGUUCUUAUUUACUUUUAUCCAUAUUUUGUUCAUGUUUUUAGAUCGAUCAUAAAAGAGGAGGCAAGACAGCUCUUCAUGUGGCCUGUGAUCAGGGUCGGAAAGAAAUUGUACAGUACCUUUUAGGUAAAGGUGCUGACAAGGACAUCAAGGUUUGUAUGUUUCAGUGGUUUUGUUCAAUUGUCUACAGUUCUGUGUAAAUUCGACCAAGUGGGCCCUUGUUCAGGUUAAAUAUCUCCGAAAGUUCGCUUAGAGACUGUUGACAUUUCGAUAAUUUUCAUUCUUCUUCUCAUAAUCAUUAUCGUUGUUAUUAUUAUUAUUAUUAUUAUUAUCAUUAUUAUUAGAAUAGGUAAUCACAUGAUUUCGAGUGCAAUUUGGAAUAAAUAAGCACGAGUAAAUUUUUCAAAGACUAACAAAAGUGCACGAGCGCUUAGGGCGAGUGCACUUUGUGGUCUUUAAAAAAUUUACAAGUGCUUAUUUAUUCCAAAUUGCACGAGAAAAAUCAUGUGAUUACUUAUUAAUGAUAUACACGAAAAACAUAACUACAACAACAAAUUUUGACAGCGCGCGCGUUUUUAGUUCAUUCAACUGAUUGGCUGAAACAGACUACUACCUUUGUCAAAUUCAAACUUUUUCAAGACCAACGCUUUCAAAAUCAUUCAGCUAAGAACUUGGAAAUGUGCAAGGAUUUUUUUAUAUGAUCACCAGCCUGUUAAAGAUAACUUGGUUUACAACAAUCAGCAAAAGUAAGUGUUUUUAAAUUCAUCCUCGAUUAUGAGAGCUCGGCGUUUACAAGAAGCGUUUUCAAGAAGUAUACUGCCGUUUUUAAAUCAGGAGAACGCUUCGAGCAGCCAAAGAUGAAAGACACUUGCUAAGGUUUUUUAACGACUGUUUAUCAUUGUCUGUUCCUGAGACCCCAUCAUAGCUGGAUUCAUGGACAAAUUUUUGAGAUUUAAAACCCGAAAAUGAAGGAGGCAAUUUGUUUUCUUUCGACGCUACCAUCGAUGGGUGAGUGGAGCCACAGUUGUUGUGAUGUCGGAAACUGUCAGUAUUAAUAUAAUAUUUGCUUUUUCUCAGCGCUGGAGUUUUCAUUAUUUUAUUUGGGCUAAUGCAAGAUUCAUCGUAGCUCUUCUUCGUCGGCUUCAUCGUAGUCGUUAAGGAAAUUUAUACCUCUGUGGCCUGUGACACUGAGGAUAUGUUCUGAACUUACAAUCUUUGCUUUCUUCACCUGACUGCAUGUUGUUUUUCUUGCACAAUGAUUCGUAAACUUUUUUCUCACUUUCUUUAACGCUAGUACCAGCUACGGAUACUUUUCAUUGUGUGAGUUGUCGUAUUUUCACCCAUUGGUUUAGUUUGGACCAGAAGUCUAAAUUUUCAGUUUCGUUUGCUACUGAGGUAGAAAAAAAACAGACCAUCACAUGGAACGUACAUGACUUGAAAUCCCUGUUGUUAUCAUUGAAUAAUCCUUGUUCAUUUAAAUGCCUGAAGAGUGUAGCUGUCAUGGUUUGCGUGUGGUUGCAACCGUUUUUGUUCUUUAUUUUUUUUACUUUAGCGUAGUCUGUUAUGAGUAGCUUUUUUUUAGUUUCUCUGGCUCAUUUUCCUCGAUUUUGUCCACAGUAUUUUUCUCUUAGCAACGCAUUUUCAAUACAUUUAGCGAGAAAGACGUACUUUUUACCGUGUUCGGGUUUUUUUUGGAAUAUUUUUUUUAACUUUUCUAUUGUUGUUUUGCUUCCAAAAUUUAAUCCCGUCGUCGUCUGCUGAAAACCAUGGCCAUUUUCUUGAAUCUGUGUUGUUAAAACAGCUCUAAUCUGAUUGGUUCUUUUUGGUUUCUUUUGUGUUUUCGGCCAAUCAGAAAGCAUUUGUAAUUUGCACUCGUGUUACAAGUUUGCACUCGUGUUACAGAAGAGCCGCACUCCUUUCUCAGCCAAUCAGAAUUGAGUAAUUUUUUCGUGUAUACUAUUAUUGCUAUAAACAGGUCCUGCACUAUUUUAGUUAUCGUACAUUUUUUGUGAAUUGUUAGGAUGGACAAGAUUACUCUGCGUUGCACCAUGCCGCUUAUGGGUGAGUCAAAAAAAAAGAAACGUUUCCUAUGACGCGACGUGCCUACAGUAAGCCUUCGAAAAUAAAUCGUUACGUGCAUUUUAAGUUCUACCGGAGUAAUAAUUAAGUUUAGGAUUAUCGCACAUACUAUAGAUCUCAAAUUUUUCAUGGUUUUCUCUGUCUAAACAUGUAUGUGUUUCCGAUAAUAAUUUUUUAUCUUGCACCUUUUGGUUGGCAAACUUUAAAUGUGGUGCUUCUUUUUGCGCUCCCGAUCGAGCGCAUAAGAAGGCUUUGAUGUCAGAAGACUUAGUCAUUCAGGGGCAAUCUCAUCUCCAGCUGGUUGGGAGAAAUUGCAUUCUUUGAGUCCCCUGAGUAUCAGGCCUACCUUAGGGAUUAGGGGGAGGGGUAUGGGAGUUCCUGUUUUUGUUUCUCUCUUCUUCUACCCCUCCCCCAGAAAUGCCUGAUACGCAGAAUCACCUGAUACUCAGGCCAGCUUUCCUAAAUUUUUAGGAGAGCGUACCCUAUACACCGAAUGCAAAUAUGGCGGACCUCUCGGCCGGCCCGGGUCUAGUUGCGCGAAAGCGAGGCUAGUUAGGCCUCGAGAGUUUUGUUUUGACUGCUCGUCUUAGCGAUUGAGUCGAUCGAUAUGGUUUGCAUCGAGUUGUUGCAUGCCUGAGGGCCACCAAAAAGAAGAUUUUCCUCUAGCUGGAAUAGCCUUUACUUUCCCGAGAUCUUUUCACAAAGAAACUUAAGGAUUCAUGCGAUUCGGCGCGGCGAUGGGAAGCACUUUACAGCGAAACUGUGCUCGCUCACUUGCUUUAGAUGAGAAGACUCACGAAAGUAUUUGAAUGAAAUAAUUUUCAAAAGAGAUGGUGCUGUUCCAAGAUGUUUGCAUGGUCUGUUAUUUAUCCAACAAAAAGUAAACAUUUUCGAGAACGGGAGCAUCCGCGGUCGACCGUAAGAUCUUUCAGAUUUCACGCUGAAAACAGCUGCAUUGAAAUAUAACAACAACAAUAACAAUCGCCUGUUAAUCCUACAAGCGUGGCCUGUGAAACUAUGUAAGAACCAGAAGAAAGCGACGUAUUUCAAGAACAGUCCUUGAACAAAAUGCACUGAAAAAACUAACGGAGGAACCGUUGCCAACUAAGAAAGAAAGAAGAAGAAAAAAGGUUCUGGAAGAAAAAGAGCGUGCAAGUAUUCGAGCAUUGUAUUUGACCUUGCGCGUGAUCUAUUUUAGCAACUUGUCGAAUGGUUUCGAGAUAAACUAACAGCGAUUUUCCAAAAAUUGCUUCCUUUAUGGCACUGCUCAAACUCUUGAACACAGGAUCGUGAAGACUGUGAAAAAACAUUCGCCCUUGUUUGUCGUUGUGUCCCUGAGAGCGCCUAAAGAUUGGUAAGUCGCGACGGCGGAUUCACUCGUUCUCGAGGAUAUUUACCUUUCCUUGGUAAGAAAACGGACAAAGCAAACUUGAAGCAGAACCAUGAAUCUUUCAGUUAUUCACCCAUUCUAAUAGGUUCGUGAGUCUUCUCUUCUUAAGUGAAGCGAGCACACUUUCGUUCUUUUAAAAAAUAACUCCGUGAUAGUAGAGUGCCUCCAUUCGCCGCGCCGAAUCGCUUGAAUCCAUUUCUUUCUUCGUAAAGAACUUUGGCGAAGCGAAGAUAAUCAACUUUCGUCUCUGCUGGAGUUAAAUCUCCUAUUUGAUGGCUCUUAAGCACGUAACAACUCAAAGGAAACCAUAUUCAUCGACUGAAUCGCUAAGACGCGCAGUCAAAACAAAACUAUCGAGGCCUCACUAGCCUCGCUUUCGCGCAACUAGACCCGGGCCGACCGAGAGAUCCGCCAUAUUUGCAUUCGGUCUAUUACACAUCCCGUUGAGUUUAUUGAGAGCAAGAUCGGUAAGACCAAUUGGAAUUGGGACACUUUUGUAAAGAUGUCUUUCUUUUUUUCAUAGUGAUCGCAGUGGAGAAACAGUGACUGUGAUGUUAAACACAGGUACAAAUGUAAAUGUCUCCGAUAACAAGAACAAAAGCACACCGCUUCACUUAGCUGUCAAUCAAGGUAAUGACGCUGGGGUGAGGUCACUGCUGGCGUCAAGGCAUUGCGACGUUAACUGUCAGGUGAAGAUUGUUUUUGCUAAUAAGAAGCUUUCAGCCGGGGAAAAUUCCCCUGGGAAUUCUUAGUGUGGGUUUGCCGCCCGGUCUUCCAAAUCCUGACCCUAUUUCAGACCAAAAAAAUGUCAUUUUCCACACAGUUCUUAGACCAGGCCUUAGUUGUUCAAAAGCUGGAUAACACUUAUUCACUGUUUGUCCAAUGGAUAGCGCAAUUGGUUUCUGUAAUACUUUUCCGCUGGAUAGUGAUUUAUCCGGUGAAUAUUGCUAUCCAUCUUUUGAACAAACGGGGCCUGGUUUCUGAAGCUUUUACUUGGUUUUGCAAGCAAGUGAAGUCACGAUAAGAAAAUCAGGAAAAUAUUUCUUAAAAUACAUUUCGAAUUCUCUUAUUAGUUCGUACACUCCCGUAGUUCCUUUCAAAACCAUACCCUAUAAAAGACAGAAAUGGACCAAGUCUAUAAGCCUUUUUCAGACCGAAACGGAGCAAAAACUCUACCCUUUAGGGCAGCACAUACCUCCAUGGCUUAUAUAAGGGAGUACCCCCAGGGGGGGCUUCAGAUACACCGUUUCUGGUGCACGGGUACGUUUAAAGGUAAGGGAACGGCUGAGCGUCUGGGUACGACGAGUGUAGUUCGUUUUAUACAAAUAGAAGGCAAACGUAUAACUUUUCCCUUACCUGGCAAAGGAGGGACGGGGAAGGGGAGGGGGGCAGAUAGAAAGGAUCUCCCUUUGCUGUCUCUCCUUUUCGCUUCUCUAAACUUGUCUCUUCCUCCUCAUAUUCCCUUGAUAAUCAGGCUAUGGCUAACGAAGGGUAGAGGUCACUAGAACUGCGGAAUCAUCUGUACACUUAAUUCUUCAUCUCGCAAUUCUUAUAUAUGAUAGUCACAUAAUUUUCAAGUAUGAAUAUAGAGUCCCUCUGAACUUAAAAUCAUUUUGUUCAAAACGUGACUCUAAUUGUGAAUGUUUUAAGCCCACUUAUUAUUCCACUAUUAUGUCAUUUUACCAAAUAAGGUUAAGAGAACAACCAAAAUACGAGGCCGUAAUACACUGUAGUGUCCUGGUUUAACCGGUUUACAACAGGGCGAAUACCGGCGGAUGCAAAAGAAGAAGAAGAAGAAGAACCUUUAUUAAUUUAUACCGCUCAGGGUAGCCCCUUCAGACACAAAAAGCUGUCUGUUAUCAAUGGGAGCCCUGAGCAACAACGCACAAAAACCACACUAAACAUAUAAACAUUACACUAAUACAGGUAAUAAUUUGAUAAUUUGGCUGACAGAAUCAGGAUGUUUUGGAUACUCUUAUUAGAAAAUAGAAGCCAAAAUACCAUUUUUCUUUUGCAGUAAAAUAAUUAACCUCUCAUUCAAUGGUUUGGCAUAUAAUACGCGCAAAGAUUUUGCUCAUUAUUAAUAUCAUUCUCACAGACGGAAUCAGGAUGUUUCUGAAUACUCUUACCAAAAAAUAGAAGCCAAUUGCAAAAUAACAAUUUUUUGUAGUGGAAUAAUAAACCUCUUAUUCGAUGACUUAGCAUAUAAUACGAGCGGACAUUUUGCUCAUUGCUCGUAUUUUUCCAACAACGCAACUCGCAAAAUAUCUGCGCGUAUUAUAUGCUAAACCAUCGAAUAAGGUAUAUUUAUUAUUCCAGUAUAUGUCAUUUUACCAUUUAAGGUCAAGAGAACAACCAAAAUACGAGGCCGUAAUACACUGUAGUGUCCUGGAUUAACUGGCUUACAACAGGGCGAAUACCGGCGGAUGCAAAAGGAGCCACCAUGGCUGACAGAAUCAGGAUGUUUUGGAUACUCUUAUUAGAAAAUAGAAGCCAAAAUACCAUUUUUCUUUUGCAGUAAAAUAAUUAACCUCUCAUUCAAUGGUUUGGUAUAUAACACGAGCGAACAUUUUGCUAAUUGUUAACGUCAUUGUCACAGACAGAAUCAGGAUGUCUCUGAAUACUCUUACCAAAAAAUAGAACCCAAUUGCCAGAUAAUUUUUUUUGUAGUGGAAUAAUAAACCUCUUAUUCGAUGGUUUAGCAUAUAAUACGAGCGGACAUUUUUCUCAUUGCUCGUAAUACUACGCAACUCGCAAAAUAUCCACACGUAUUAUAUGCUAAACCAUCGAAUCAGGUGUAUAUAUACCCUGGGUGCCAGAGACUUUUUUUGUGCGAUUUUCCGUGUCUGUCAAGUCUUCAUACUGUCCCGCUGGUUUUUCUCACGGCUUCUCCGCUCGUGGCUUUUGCCUUCGGGCAACACCGAAAAAAAAAGAGAAAAAAACCGCUAGUACGUACCCAGAGUAAGCCCGCAUAGCACUAAUUAAUUUGAAUUUAAGGAAUUUUCUUGAAAUCGUUCUUUCCAGGAUUUAGCCGGGGAUACGCCGCUGCACGAUGCGAUCUCCAAAGAAAAGAACGCAAUCGUGAAUCUUAUCCUUCGCUCGGAGCGCCUUGAGAUUUCUGUGUUCAAUGGCAGGGGUUUUAACCCUCUUCAUCAAGCCUGCAUGAAAGGAAACUUACAGUAAGUAAUAUUGAGGGACUCUGUCGGUCAAUAGUAAGUUGGAGACAAUCACCUUCCUCUUUAAACUCGCGUGUUCCUUCAGUUUGUUCGACUGGAGUCGCAUACCCCACAAAACUGAAAACCCUACAGUUCUGGGUGUGUAUCUCGUUACGAAUGUCCAAAGUUGAUUCUGCAGAUAAUUUGUACCUUCAAAUUGAUAUUGUUUUCAGCAUUAGUUUUUUCUUAAACGAGAGUUUUUCCUUUCUGAAUGCGGUUUUUUACUUUGUCCGGUGGAUAAUGACAGGUCGGUCAUUAAUACUUUUAUUAAAACGUUUUUAGUUUUUUCCUCGGAAAAUGAGGGUCACUUUUACUAUUUUACUAAUAAGAAACAAAUAAAAAUUAAGCGAUUCUUGAAAUUUGAGGAAAAUCGUGCAACACUUUCAUAUAUUUUUGGAAAAAGCCAUUCGCUCUCCCAUCUCGCCCGGCUAACAUUUGACUUAAAGGUUAUUGGUUCAGAUGUACUUAUCUUUGCCUUCCUUUGUUAUUCUACCCGGUGGACAGCUUAAGACGACUUUUAACUUCAAUUAUCUCCUUAUCGGUUGCAGUGCUGUACAGAAAAUCAUAGACAAGUAUCCUGGUCUUAUUGAGAUACCAAAAGAAGAUGGAUUUACCGCUUUGCAUCUAGCCGCGUUCAACAAUCAUCUUGACAUUGCGAGGUGUCUUCUGUUGUCGGUAUGUGAGCUAAAUAUCCUUGAGGAAUGCGAUACAUGCGCCGCCCAGUGAUCAGCAAUUUUGACCAUUUAAAGCAUGCCCAUGCAGAACUCUUGUUUAAAACACUUUUGAUAGGAAGUGCAAAACAAUGAGAAAAAGCGAGAACAUAACUUGAAUUAUAGAGAGAAGCCUGACGUAACGUUACCGUGGUAGCAAAAUUUCUGGAUCUCAACACUCUUUCUUGACAGAGGCGGCCAUUUCCAUUGUCGAACGAUGGAAGAAAAGUAUGGGCUACCGUUUUGUGUCUGAGUGCAAUCAGUGACACAGGAAGUCAUACGUUUCAUUUUUUUUUUCUGCCAUAUUUGCAGGACCAAAAAUUUUGCGACCAUGGUAACGUUGCAUAACGACUUUUCCUCUCUAUUGGCCCUCUUGUCAAAUUGAUGCAAAUAUGGUGAAAAUUGCUGUUAUUGUGGAGGCCAACGUAACGUUUCCCGAGAGAAAAAGAAACCACAACCUUAUCACAAGGUAUCCUGUCCGUACAAUAAUGGCUGAAUUAUAACCCGCACGAUAAUAAUUUGAAUUUAGUAAAUGCCACGUAAUGACCUAUCAGCCAAUCACUGAACUUGCUUUUUAAUUCGAGGAUUGUCGUUAAGUGUCGAGUUUAAAGUUCACUUACUAUUUGCGAAAUAAAGAUGAACGGCGUUUUACAAAGAAUUUCAGUAGGAAAAAAUCAAUUAUAGAGGCGCACGAGACAAGAAAUUUGGAGGAGUACGGGUGGGUACCGGCGAUGUAUUGGUGAGGUAAAGUCCAGACUAACAUUCAAUGAAUCAUAAAGGAGGGGUAACAGUAAUUAAUAAUAAUUAUAAUAUUAAGUAUAAAGAAAGUGUGAGUCUAUUAUGGUGUGCAGGGGUUGAGGGUUACUGGGUGGAUUUCCACUGUCGCGUAUUUUUUACGUGCGUUCGCACUUGAAUUUUCUGACUUACGUAAACAGUAUAUGGGCAAUGUAUGGAAGACCGCGCGUAAACUUAAAAGUUGCGUGAGGUUCAACUUUUACGCGCAACGUUCCAUACAUUAUACUUCAUUUACGCUCGUAAAUUUUAUGCACACACAUAAAAAUCACGUAACAGUGGAAGGGUGGAUUUCCACUGUCGCGUAAUUCUUCUGUACGUGCGCGUAAAUAAAAUAAAGUGAAUGUAUUGAAGGUCACGUGUAUACGUAAAAGUUGAUCCUCGUGGCCUUUCAUAAAUUGCCUCUAUUUCUUUUACGCACGUAAAUUUUACGUGUAAAAUUUAAUAUUAGGCGACAGUGGAAAAUCUCUCAGAGGGAGUAAUACUCGGCUCUUUUUACGUGGUUGAUAAGUGGCCUCUCACGCAGUUUUGUUUGUAACCCCAGGGCCAUUGUGAUAUCAAUUUACGAAACAACAAGAGACAAACAGCCCUGGCGCUAGCUGUGUCAGAAGCUUAUACAGCUAUGAUAGAACUGCUUGUUGAACAUGGUGCGGAUGUCAAUGCUGAUGAUGAGGAUGGUGACACUCCAUUACAUCUUGCUGUUAUUCAUCAGGCUGUGGGUACCACUGGCUCGAGAAAGGUGAGUGUACUUGUAUGCUUCACAUAAAGCUUGGAUGACAAAGCCUUCUUCGCAGACUGGUAAUUCUUUACCACAUUUAGUUCCGUCUCUGGCGGAGGCUAGGAUGACAUAAAAGGUAAAGCUCAUUUUACCCCCACCCCCUCCAUCAAUGCUCCGUUUUAAGGGUAUUUAGAGCUAGUCGAAAAAUCCCAAUUUUUUUUGUACCAAUCUAAAGGAAAAAAAGUAUUGUGUGAAAGUAUGGAAAAAGGAGGUUUCAUUUGUAUGGUUACUCUUUAGAAUUUCAUCCACGGACCCAAAAGUUAGAACCAUCGCGUACAGUAUGAUGAACAGUGCCACAGGACAAUACUUCUUAGUAGCUUUCGUUUAAAAGAUCACAAUUUAGGAUUUCAUCCACAUUCUUCAAAGAUAGAAUCACCCUGUACAGAGUACUAAACAGCACCACGAGUAAUAAACACGAGUAAUAAACACUGUAUGAUUUCAUCCACAUACCCAAAAGUUAGAACCACCUCGUACAGCUAACAUAUUAACAGUACCACAGGAAAGAACCGCUCAGUAGCUUUCAUUUGAAUGGUCACAUUUUAGGAUUUCAUGAUCAUACAGACUCAAAAUUUACCUAAAAUUCCUAACCACCUCUUCCAGUUUAGUAAACAGUACCAGAGAGAAGUACUUCUAAAUUUCCAUUUUUAAACCUAAAAACAGAAAGGCUCUGGAUAAUGUUGUAAAGUCGCUGUAAGGAAGAAAAUUGGCAAUGAACCAAGGCAAUAUGUGUCUGGUUUAAAAUGCAGUUUAAUUUUUUUUUUUAAAUUCUUGUAUUGGCAUUGAAAGGGUUCCUUUAUGGCGCCUAUUAAAAUUUGUUUCAAGGCAUUUUAAUUUACGUAUGAACGUAUCUUCAGUUUAAUUAAAAAAGUAAGGUAUUCUUUUUCUUUUCUUUUUUUGGCACUGACUACUUCUUAAUAUCCCGUAAAGUCUCUCGUCUGCUAGGAUAUGUAUGUAUAUAACGUCAUCACGCCAUAGUAUAUUUUAAUCAAUUGUUACUUCACUUUAUGUCCUGUACAUGAAAUAAGCAAAGGUCGUGCAACCUCCCCGAUUAGCCACUCUUGGGUAAAAAAUGAUGGCUCCUCCAGUAUCCAAGAUGAUACCUUGUAUCGUUCCGGGGUCAUGGCUCCAGAUACCUAGCUGAUCUAGACGAUACCAGCGAAAAUCGACACCGAAAGAAGAAGGAAAACAAUUUAGUUUUUUAAAAAAUUGUGUUUAUUGUCUCGACGAGACUCUAUGUUUUAGACGACACCUGAGUGUCGUGUUAAGUUUCUAAGAAAAUACUCGGCCUAUCGAAUAUUUUUUCAAAGUCAUUAGGGGAGGAGGGGGGGUUCUCUUUCGUGAAGAGAAAUAUACGGUGCGGUUGCCCGUAAGGGUUACACUUGCUGUGAUAUUUUUCAUAUCUCGACUUAUACCAUUACGGGCAACCGUAGAAAUAUAUAUUUUCGAAAGCAAGUGAUUUUUUCAAACAGAGAAAAGAAGUUUUUAUCGCACAAAACUGAUUCGAAAACGCGUUAGUCUGUAUACAGCCGCCCUCACCUCAAACAAAAUCGGGGCGAUUUUGUUUGAGAGGGGCGGGGGAUGCUGUACCCAGGCUAAAAUCGCUUUUUUUUCGCACAAGCGUCAAACUGAGCAACUGAAAGAAAGCUUUUACAAAAAAAUGGUUUGAUACGGUUCAGGCUCUCCGUGCAUCUGAAAUCCAACACUACGACUAAGCAACGAACAAGUUCGCGCAUCCCCGGGAACGCCAGUGUUACACAUAAACUUACCACUGAAAACGCUGUACGAACUGAUACUGGCACUUGGCCCCACUCCCGCUCCCCGGCUGUGUGAAUGUAUAAGUGGCUUUACUAUUGGCGUAGUUGUAGCAGUUGCUGCUUAACUGAUCGGAGCGGCAAGAAUGCUGUUCCAAGGGUAGGAAGUACUCUCAUAUGCGUAACGGUUUCGUCUACCGUUAACGGAAAUCGGUUUCUUUGGGAGUAAGUUUUGUAUAUCGUUAUUUUAUAGUCACGAAGACAACGAUAGGUCACCAAUAACUCAAACGGUGUUGCCCCUAUAGAUAUUUGAUUUAAUUUUCUGACUGUUAUUUUUUUUUGUAUUCUUUCUCACCGAUUCAGCUGUUGCAAGGUUUAGGACUUAAUCUCCCAGCGGGGGCUGAGACAGAUCAGCACACGGGCUCAGCUAUAGCAGUUUAUUUGGUUCUUCAUGGUGCCAACGUCAGCCUCUGCAACCACGAGGGAAAAACUCCAUUGGACCUUUCUCAAGAUACCCAGACUGCUGCCUUGAUUCAGCAAUAUGCAAGAAAUACACCGAGGUGGGGAAAUUCAUAUUUACUCUAUGUUCACCGACUACAUCAGCUCUUCUCUGAUACCGGGUAGGGCUUCUGUUGUCACAUGAGAACGGUGAUUUCGGUGCAAAUACCUUAACGGAGCCAGGCUGCGCCGUGUUGGUCUGUUGGUGUUGGUCGUGGUUGUCAUUUUCUUUGUGCCUAGGAUUUUGUAGAAUACUUCAUGGGAAGGAAGUGCGGGCGUACGAUAUUUACGCACGAGUUGUUGACGCAUCAGAAAUAGAACUAGUGAGCGUAGCGAACGAGUGACAUUUGCGAUACAAGAGCGAGUGCGUAGAUACCGUGCAAAGCACUUUCCAUGUAGUAUUGUGUUUAUUCUAUACAUACUGAGACAUUCAUCAUUUUAGCAGCCUUUUUGUUUUACUUUCCAAAAUGCUAAAAUUUGCCGCUAGAUACCGUAAAAUGAGAAAGAAAACGAAGUAUCAGCUUAUAACUGUAGUAAAAACGUUUGUUAAAAAUGAUAGUUAUUAUGAUAGUGAAUUUAUAUAGCGCUAAAACUAUAAAAUACUAAAAAACGCUUUACAUUAAGUUACAAUUGAAAAAUUUUUUUGUAAGGCUAAUUAUAACAAUAAUAAAAACUUUUCCAUGUUAUGCUAAAAUCUAAAAAGAAAGCGCUAAACAUUCAGAGCUAUUUCAACAAACUAAAAGCUUUUCUAAAAAGAAUUGUUUUAAGAUUCUUUUUAAGAAUGGCGAGGCUGCGACUUGUUCUUAUAGUUAAUGGCAGCGAGUUAAAUAAAACAGGUGCAGCAUGAGCAAAGGCCCGAUCCCCAAUUGUAGAGCAGCUGACUUUUGGAAAGAACAGAAGAGAUUGUGCAGACGAGCGAAGAGCAUAAUUAGCAGCUGGUUUCAGAGACAAAAGAUCUUUAAUGUAGAGUCGACUUUGGUUCUCUAGCGACUUGUAAACAAAAAGGAGCAAUUUGAAUUGAACUCUGAACGUUACUGGGAGCCAAUGUAGGUCGAUAAGUGCGGGUGUGAUAUGAUGAAAUUUAGGCAUCUGAAAAAUUACUCUAGCUGCGGUAUCCUGAACUUUCUGUAAACGAUCAAGUUGAUAUUUAGGUAGACCAAAAGGAAGUACGUUACAAGUAAUCAAGGUGCAAAGAUACAUCAAGGCAGGACUUCACUAGCCAUGUAGGAACAGGAUCGAACCAACAAGAGGCGUUGGAGGAUUCUCGAACAAUCUUACACACUUCUUCUAUGGAUAGCGCGGACAAACUCUCCAGGUUCUCCUUAGUAGUAACAGAAGCAAGUCGAGGUUCUUGAACUUGUAACUUGUAAAGAUUUUCCUUUAUGGUUUCAAUUUUUUUGGGAAGAGAAGUGCCAAAUUCGUUAGCUAGCUUUGUGGGGUCUUCGUGCUCUGGGGGAGCCGUCUUAAGUGGUUCCCUGGGCAAGGAAUUAACCACACGAAAUAGCUUGCUGGAGUCACCCACACACUGAUCAAUUAGGCUAAUAAUUCACACUUAAAGCUUUAAGAAGUGCAGAGUACUGAUUACGAACUCUAUGGCAAUUAUUUCAGUCACCACGGAGGUCAGUUUUCACGGCUUUCUUUUCAAGGCGGCGAUGUUUACGCUUGAGUUGCUUAAUGUCAUCACUAAACCAUGGGACCUUUGGACGAUUAAUCAUAGUCCUUGUUUUAAGCGAGGCAUGCUUGUCCAGGAUGUCAGUAAGGGUCGUGUUAAAGCAGUCGGAGAGUGCAUCAAUUUUGUCCCAGUGUGCGCCUGCAGAAAGCAUAGAAGAGCCAAUAUCAGCUGAGAACGCGGCAAUAUCGAUUUUUUUGAAUUUACGAAAAGUUAGUUCUUUGCAUGACAAAGCUGGUCGUGGGAAGCCAACAGGAGACUGAAUAAUAAAAUGAUCGGAAAUGGAAAGAGUAGUUUUAGGAGAAGCAAGAACAACAUCAUCUGACGAAGGAGUAAUAAUUAAAUCCUGGGUAUGAUCCGAUAAAUGGGUCGGGCCCGAAACGUGUUGCGAAAGACUAAACGUUUCCGGUACACUUUAACAAUCCACUCAGAAAAUUCGAAGGACUUGUUUUCCUUCCCAUGCACUAAUGAAACGUUGACAGAGUCUCUAGGCAGAGUUCUAGUUCCACCACCACGGUUUUGUGAUUGUCUCGAAAAUUCUUGAAGAAAUAACCAGCCACAGAUAACUGAGCAAUACUGGCGGAAUAAGCGUCAUUUAAGCAGGUCUCGGUAACGCUGCAGGAGCCGAUGUCAUUUUCAACGACGUGGUCAGUGAUGCUCUCGAUCUCCCUUGACAAUAUAUCGCUUUGACGAAUUUUGUUGGACAUCAGCUCCGCAGUUAAGAUAAGGAGGAAUGGGCCAUCCUUGCCUCUACUAGGUUUAAUGCAUUUUGAAGCAUAACCUUUAUUAAGAACUGUGUUUUCUAUGUUUCUGUAAAAGGUUUGGAUCCACCUUCUAGAGCUCUCACCAAAGUUAUGGAGGUCUAACGCCCUGUGUAUACUUGACCACUCUUACUAGACUCUUAAAGAAAGGCCACCUCUUUAAGAGAUAUGGAGACUUGGAGAUUAUUAUAGUUUGAAAUUCUUUGAAAACUUGCCCAAAAUUUACGAGGAAAUUCUUUUAUACUCAAUGAACUCAAGAUACUUUACAACGUCAACGAUCGAGUAUGCAACGAUAUACUUUUCAACAAUAAAGAAAUUCUUAUUGGAGGAAAACUCUUCUUUUUUUACUUUCAAGUUCUGUGCCACAGCCCACAACACGGACGACUGGUCCUUCUUCCUUAAAGCCGCCUGUUGCGCCGCAACCAUCAACGGCUCGGUCAGCGGUAUGUUUUUCGUUUCCAACUCUAUAUUAGAGACCGUUAGAUUCUUGGACAAGAACGACUACGAGUACGAGAUUUAACUUUAAUUUUCUCCAAAAAACAUAGCUCUGUUAUCUUUAUUGAAGGAAGUUCCAGCCGCAAAAUGACAAAACCUCUGACCUCUAACCUCUUGUUUCUGCUGCCACGACAUUCUCGCUAAAAUUUUGUGGUAGGAUGACGACGCCUAUCAAGUUUUUCCGCCAAACUGGCGCUGGCUCACGGGCGCGCACUGCUUAGUAUUGAGAAAAUCUCGUACUCGUAGUCGUACUCGUCAUAGAACCUAACCGCAACAUUGAUCGCAAUGGCGUGCGUGCGUGUGCACGUGUUUUGUAACUCGCUAUUCGUGCAAAGGAGAUUGAGAGGUUUUACAACUAAGCGACCAUUUAUUCGAUUGCUACGAGAAACGUGAGGAUUGUCAACCCUUCCUCUCCAGGAGCCAAUCGCGCAAUCAUGAGACUGAAUUCGUAUGAUACUUUUUUUUAUUUUGGCGUAGGGCGUCGCCACAGGUUAUACACAUGAUAUGUACUUGUCUUCUUGAAGGUUUACAUCUACAAAGACCAUUUAGUGUUUUUCUUCUUUUUCAAAUUUACAGUCAGGCGCUGCAGUGCAGCGUCAGAAAAAGACUCAGGAUACAGUCAAUCGAGCUGAGUCUGCAGGAACCGACUGCAUUAUCUGUUCAGAAAACGUAGCUACUGUUACAUUCAAUCCGUGUGGUCAUAAAGUCACGUGUUCAGGUAAAACUAUACAAAAUGGUAAGAAAAAGCCUUCCGCACUGCGGAUGGCUCGCGAGGCUUAGAGAAGGUGAACCAGCCUGGUUAGCUGGGCUGGCUCUGUCGUGCCUUGUUUCUUCUUAAAAUUGUUGUUGUGUUUAUAUGAGAAGGCGGGCUGGCUUGCCGAGAUCUUGGUUAUUCUAGCCGGAUCCUCGGCAGCGGGCCAGCCCACCUUCUCAUAUAAACAUAACGAGAAUUUUUAGGGAAAACAAGGCAUGAGCCAAGCCAGCCCAGUAAAGCGAACCAGCCAUUCAAUGAUGCCUUUCAAGCCUCAGUUAAGACUAAGCUUGUUUAAGAGUAUUAUGGUAUUGUUUGAAAGGGCUUAACCGUCUUUUUUCGGUUUUGUGGUCGGUGAAUGCUUGCAGCAGUCUCUACCUAUAGUUAUUUCAGCUGUGUAAACAAGAUAUUAGCGUACAUACACGCCUGCAGCAACACUUUAUGUCCCCGGUAUGUUUAACGAAAGAGCUUUACGGCGCGACUGAUCUUUGAUCCACUAACUUCCUUUUGUAUUUGCUGUGUAAUUUAUACCUUUUUUAUGUUUUGAGCAGUUAUUCUUUGUUUCAGUCACCAAAACAGCUCCUUUUACCUCAAUUCACUUGAUUAAGUGUUUUCUUUUUCAGUUUGUUCCAGGAAACUGAAGCGCUGUCUGAAGUGUUACGCAGCAAUUCAACAGAAAACAUCACCAGGUAAGUACCCUUUCACUCAUACCAGUGGUCACUAAUGAUAAUUAUUAUUUAUUCAAAAGUUUUUGCCCUAUCUGGUUGCCUCCAGUCCUCCAGUUAUCAGUUAUCAUCAAUUUCAUUAAGUAACUUUGAAUCAAGCAGCCCUUGGUCUUUCCUCAAUUGUUUAGUGACGCUCAUCGUUUGAGAACAAAAUUUCCGUUGAUAAUCUUGUUAACUAACUCUCAGAGUUAACAAAUUAUUGGAAACUUGCGUAGCUGCUUAAGGCACGUACGUUCUCUUCGAGCGUCAUACGGUAAUGCACUUUACAGUAAAAAGUCUAAUAUUCUCCUCCUUUCCCUCCAAAAAAAUAUUUUUGUAAAAAUAUAAGAAAUGAAUAGUGACUGUGCAAAAGGUCCUCCAAAGAGAUUUUAUUUGAAUGGUUACACCAUAGAAUUUCAUCCAUAUACUCGGCCGUUAGAACUACAUACUGAACAAGACGCUGUGGGAGCGUAUAUUCAGGCGUCAAUGCACCAGGCGUGUGUCGAGUUUUUUUAUGUGUAGUAGGGAUGUGUUAGUAGUGCAGUAGCGUGGUAUAUUUUAGGGGUUGGUUGAGAUGUGUGAAGUGGAAGGCGUGGAGUUAUAUUGGACGUGGACUGGUAAGAUAUUAGCUGUAGUUUGUUAAUCAUUGAAACUGGUUUCUCGUAGAAUUUAAUAUGAAGUUACAAAAAAUAUAUUUUUUGGAAGGUAAAAUUGAUUUUAGGUUUGCAGUGAUGUAGUUGUGGGAGUGCCAAUUUGAUUAUGAAGGGAAAGUGUAAUUACAAUCUGUUGAAAUGAAGUGGUGGCUGUGAAAGAUCUUAUUAUUUUGUGUGUGUGUUCGGGGGGCUUUGAAAAAUCGGUGAGGUCAAAAGGGCGUAAAAUCUGGGUAUAAAAUUAAGGGCCUGAUUACAUGAGCCGGGCUGGCUCGCUUUGUGGAGAUCUGGGCACCUUAGUUAAAGGCACCAAAAAUCAACUUUGCAAUUUUAUGACAACCGAGCCAGCCCGGUUAGCUGAGAUCCCAGUUUUGUGAUGCCAGGAUGCCGGGUGGAAAUUUUCCAAGUAAUCACGCUUGUCAGGCGGCCCGGUGAAUGAACCAAGCGAGAAACAGGACAGCGGGUAACACACUGCUCAUGCGCAUUGCUUCCAAUCUCUAUAUAAAAAUGGCGGCUCUGGGCAGGCUCUUUUCAUGUAACAACGGCAGGGUUCUCAAUAGAUUUUUAAGUAGGAGGUGAUCACUGAUAAAGUAGGAGGCUCUUCCGCAAAGCCAGAGGUGUCAAAACAAAGCAAAGAAAAGCGACUUAAACACAAAGUAAGCGGCUAUAAAUCCCAAAGUAAGCGGCGAUCAAUCGCCGGGUGCCGCCUUCUAUUGAGAACCCUGCAACGGGAUAAAAGUCACCUCGGCACCUUACUGUGAGUUGUAUUGUCACGCAGUUUGCACGUGAAAGCUUUGGAAUUUGUCGCUUUCGUGGCUCGUUUAUGAGAGAAUACGACUUAAUCUGGUUAACUCAAGGGUUUUAAAAAUAACUGUCACGAACGCAGUUUGCACGUGAAGAUGUUGGACUCUGCCCCAUUUACGGUUCGAACGUGAAAGAAUGCAACUUGUCUACGAGAUCAUUUUGCUCAAUAAGAUAUGAAGAAAUGACCUCCUUUUCGAAAAUCUCCAAUGAAAUUAUGCAUCAUUCAAUGUCACCCUUAUUUAUCUCAUGCACAAUCAAGGAAUUUUGCAUGACAUCUUCUUCGGCUCUCGACAACUGAGGGCAAAAAUAUUGUCAAACUUUUGGCAAUAAGUCAAACCCUGUCAAUUCUACAGACAGACAGACAGAUUUACCUUCAAAUUUCUUAAAAAUCGCCCGGCUUCUAGGUAAGAUAAAACAUACCCUAAGCUUGAGAUUUAUAAAUUUAUAUUUUGGAGCAAAAAAUCGUCCUCUGGGAGGACAUGUCCUUACUUCCAAUGAAUAGUCUGUACAAUAAAAAAGGGCAGUGGCCGGUACCUGUGGUCCGGAGGAAAAACCUUCACGCCGUGUGCUGCGAGGACAAUUAUUUUCCAAAGGGAAAAAUUGAAAUUACCUGUACCUUGUUUUUUCAAUACGUUUGAUUUCUAUUGCUGAUUUGUUUGCCGUGUGUUAUCUUUGGGACGUGUUAAACGAAGAUAAAUGCCUUGUCGAGACACAUCGCGCGGCAGACAUCCUAGUCGCGUCGCUUGGCUUGUUUACUUGGGUUGUUUACGUUGGCAAGUAUUGCGUGCCUAUUGUAACUUUGAAUCAAAACAAGCGAUCUUGAUUACUCUAUUUGGGCGACGCCCAAAUAAUAAAUGUUACCAUGUGAAAGUACUGCUAAGAGGUUUCAUUUGAAUGGCAACAAAAUACGAUUUCGCCCACAGACUUGAAAGUUAGAACUACAUACUAAAUAAAUAGUACCACGUGAAAGUACUGCUGAAGAGGUUUCAUUUGAAUGGCAACACCAUAGGAUUUCACCCACAGACUCAACAGUUAGAACUACAUACUAAACAAAUAGUACCAUGUGAAAGUACUGCUGAAGAGAUUUCAUUUGAAUGGCAACAAAAUACAAUUUCACCCACAGACUUGAAAGUUAGAACCACAUACUAAAUAAGUGGUACCAUGUGAAAGUCCUCGUCUGCUGAAGAGGUUUCAUUUGAAUGGCUACACCAUAGGAUUUCAUCGACGGACUCAAAAGUUAGAACCACAUACUAAAUAAAUAGUACCAUGUGAAAGUACUGCUAAGAGGUUUCAUUUGAAUGGCAACACCAUAGGAUUUGACCCACAGACUCAAAAGUUAGAACUACAUACUAAGUAAAUAGUACCAUGUGAAAGUACUGCUGAAGAGAUUUCAUUUGAAUGGCAACAAAAUACGAUUUCACCCACAGACUUGAAAGUUAGAACCACAUACUAAAUAAAUAGUACCAUGUGAAAGUACUCGUCUGCUGAAGAGGUGUCAUUUGAAUGGCUACACCAUAGGAUUUCAUCGACAGACUCAAAAGUUAGAACUACAUACUAAAUAAACAGUACCAUGUGAAAGUACUGCUAAGAGGUUUCAUUUGAAUGGUAACACCAUAGGAUUUCACCCACAGACUCAAAAGUUAGAACUACACACUGAAUAAAUAGUACCAUGUGAAAGUACUGCUGGAGAGGUUUCAUUUGAAUGGCAACACGGUAGGAUUUCACCCACAGACUUGAAAGUUAGAACUACAUACUAAAUAAAUAGUACCAUGUGAAAGUACUGCUGAAGAGGUUUCAUUUGAAUGGUCACACCAUAGGAUUUCAUCAACAGACUCAAAAGUUAGAACUACAUACUAAAUAUAGAGUACCACUGGAAAGAACUGCUGAAAAAGAAGUUUCAUUUAAAUGGUAACACGACAGGAUUUCAUCCACAGACUCACAAAUUAGACCCACUUACUAAUUAACGAUUAUUCCACAAUUGCGCGUUGGAUAUGAGAUGGUAGAGCCAACGAGGGUCGUAGCGCCGAGUUGGCUAUGAUCAUCUCAUAUCCAACAAGCGCGAGUGGAAUAAUUGUUUUAUUAAAAACGCCCACAAAAUAUCGAGAAUUCUUCCCAACUUUAUUUGUAAAAACAACCGAUUUUCAGCUUUUUUUUAAUUUUGAGCAGACGCCUGACAGUUACCAUAUUUGGAGAGCAUGGUAUAAUGUCUCAUAUACCACGAUAGCUGAGCCAAUCAGAGCUCUAGAGUUGCAUUAUCCAAUGAUUCAGUUUUUAAUAAAUAAAUAUAGUCCAGUCAUAUUGGGGGCUGACCCGGAACAAAUUCCCACAAAAGCUUUCUCUUCGAAAAUGUCUCAGAACUGACGAGUUAUUGAACAUAUCAAAAGUCCUAAAAAAUCCGAGCACGACAACAUGGUGAAAUUUAGCAAAACACUGAGGAGCUCUUUCCACAUAACAUGGAAACGAGGCUGGAACAGGAAGUGCAGUUUUACUGGCCUUGUAUUAUUAUAGCAUAAAUAAAAUCAUUAAAAUAUGAUAGAAAACACUCUGCUUCUUGUAUUUAUUCACGUUUUAUCAUGACAUGACUAAAGAAAAAGGGAAAAUAUUCAAAAUUUACUUCUAGCGUGAGCUUUUAUAAAAUGUGUUUGAUCGCGGCAUUCAGACCUUCUAACAGAUUUAGGAAUGUUAAGCAUUAUGUUUUCUUCAUUUCUUGUCACUAGCAAAAAAAAAACCGAAAAAAAACAAAUUUGCCGUCACCCAGUCUAACAGCAAAGUUGAUUUUAUCUGGCCUUACAGCAAAAUUAAUUUGUCCCGGACUAACAACAUUUUCCUUCCAAGCGACUGUUUCAGCUACUCAUCCUCUUCAUCGUCACUGUCACCAAGAACGGCACUGAUAUUUGUGCAUGCGGUUUCACGACACUGUCCACAUGCGGGAGAACAGUCUAGUCCAUGCUUAAGGAAGCUGCACCUUGCGGAGGCACAGUCAGUUGCACAGUUGCAGCGGACCAUCUUGAGCAAGGACUCUGGAGCAGCCGGUAGAUCAGUGGUCACGUGAAUCACCUGGUUACCGCUAAGCUUCCAGCCCCUGUCUUCAAACUGCAUCCCCUUACCAAGACACUGCCACUGUUUGACCUGUAGAAAGGCUGUGGUAUCUGGCUGCUGCGGAUGCUGGGGGAAGGUUCUGGGGUUGUAUCUGUUGACCUCUGGUUGCCACUUUUUCGUAGUACCGGCGGUAGGGGAGGCUAUCGAGGCUCUGUCCUUGUUUUCCUCCAUACAGCACCACUAGAGCAUUCUCUCCCGCUGUCGCAACCUCGGCUUGAGUUGAUCCCGGGAUAUCGAAUACCUUCGCUUGAUCUUGGAAGUAGACAGAUUCACAGUAUUUUUUAAGGGACGCGGGUUUUGCAAUACUGUAAGGGCGAUACGUCGUAUCACAACCCGGAAUGGCAUGCAGAAACAACAUGUUGCGGCAAACCGCAGGGCCAAGCUCCGCCUUCACUUUCAGCAUGUUCCAAACUCUGCUCUCUCUGGAGCUAGAGUUGGCUUUUGGCUAUGGCCGAAAGUACAAAUCAUUGCCAUUUGCUUUUGUGUGAUAGCAGAGUAACACUAACAUAUCGGUAUCAUCUUCUACGAGCACUGUGGGAUGCGUUACGGCAGAGUAGAGAGCUGUUUUGACGAUAAGAACAUCUUCAUCACCCUCAGCUUGCAACGUGCGACCGCCACUUUCUAAUAAAUGGCGCUGCAACAUGACAAUGAACCGCUUCUUGUUCUCUGUGUUAGCAAGGAAUGCAUCUUUCUUAGCCGUCACUUUCAUCCCAUCUUGGAAGGUUACGGUUGCACUCCACGUUCUUGCUGAGCGUCUCUGGUGGGUCAUACUCUUGGUCGAGGGUUCACUGCCAUAGCCGUCAAACACCACUGUUGCUGUUUACUCACCUGCACGAAUAAAGAAAGCAAUGGAAUUGAGAUCUUUAUGAAAAAUUCGAAGAGACAAACGCCGGCAAGGUCCUUCCUGACUGAAAUGCGUGUUCUUCGUGUGUGCUCAUUUUGGUUCUAAAACAGCACCAAUAAAUUAUUCUAGUGAGAAAACGCUUGGUAGCAUUGUACAAUAAAAUCAAGUCAGCCAUUUAGAGGAGUAUAAGUUACUCACCUGAACCAUAGUUAUUAGAGGAGACUGGUUAUGACAAGCGGCAAACAUCAAUGAUAAAAACAACAGUGCUGCAGUUUAUGUUCAAAGCACCGUGAAAGUGCACAAUCCUUUGUUUUCUGUUGGCAAAUUGUUACGGAAUAAAUUAAUGAAACGUUUUUAUUGGUCAAUACAAUCAAAAUGAUAGGAAUUCUUUUGAACGUUGUGCACUUUCAGGUCCACAAAAACAUAUAACAAAGGAGUCUGACGGGUUUCAUAACCAUUCCACUCAAUUAACUAUGCCUGAACAAAGAAAGCGAAGAAGACGAGAUCUGACGAGACAAACACCGGCCAGUUGUGUCUGGACUGAAAUGUGUGUUCUUCAGACAAACGCCGGCAAAUUAGUUCUCCGCUGUACAGUAAAUUUUGGCGGCCAAAUUACCGGUUUAUGUGAUACAGCACCACCAAAUUUAGUAUUUCAGUUAAAAGAGGAAAUUCAUUUUCUUUGCUUGCUAAAACUUUCUUUAUUUCUUGUUUAACUACGGCUUUAAAAACUUUUCCUCUCUCGCAUAGAUCUUAUUGUAUUAUUGUAAAAUUUAACAUUGCGCGUUUAUAUUUUACGGUACAAAACUGUGCAUUUCCAGCCCCACUCUCCCAAUAAAAAUCAUUCCAGAUGUAUUUAUAGUCUUUUAUUGUUAAAUAUAAGGAUGUAAAUAACUAAGUUUCAUCGUUACAAGGAAUUAUAGUUAUGAUUUGUGCGGUAUUUUAGUAGACAUUCGGACGACUUAUGAUCAGCCUCGUUUCCAUGCAGUGAAAGACGCAGCGGUCAACAGCUCCAACAAAAUCCAGCUUUUCGACAUGUUGCCAUGCUAGGAUUUUUGGGGCCUUUUGAUAUGUUAUUAUGCAAUAAAUUCUAAGUAAGUCUAAAACCGUUGAGAUUUCUUUUGUGGGAAUUUGUUCCGGGUUGACCUUUUUUUCCGCGUAAAAUGACUGCUCUAAUAGUAUCAUUUCAAAGUACUGCUGAAGAAGUUUCACUUGAAUGUGGGUUAUUGGUUUCGCGGCUCUCGGACCGGGUUUUCCAGGCCCGAGACCAUGUGUCCCAAAAAUUCGUUCUAAAAUUCAAAUCCAUUGUUAUGAGGACAACAAAUACCUUAUUCACAAGAGUACAUAAUUGCACAAGUUUUAAGUGUCAUUGUCUGAGAAAGUGUUCCAGGGGCCAAAAGUUGUGGUCAACCGAUUUGGCUGAAACUUGGCACAGAAGUUGGGUGUGAUGAGAUAUUUCAAAAGCCACUUUAGCUCACUUCUCUGACUUUUAGUUUUGGAGUUACAGGGGGGUCUCAUUUUUUGCCCUUUGAGCACCAAAAAUCCAGCCUUCCAGGGGGCAUUUUGAAAGUGUGAUAAGACCCCACCGGUAAAUUGUGCUCCCAAAUGAAUUUUAUCAUGAACUCUACUAUAAUAGAGCUUUCAGUUCAUGUAUGUAACUUUGUCCUCAAGGUAUUGCACAGCGAGGAGCCUGGGGCUAGAGUUUGGUCAAAAUUGAUGUUAAGAUUACAACCCAAAAUAGCCAUUUUUCAAAAUUUCACUAUAUUCACCUGCCUUCUUGCAUAACUUCCAUACCUAUUCCACUGUUUGCUUCAGUCACCAAAUUAUCAAAAUCAGUUGAGAAAAAUUCGGCUUAUUAUGGUUUAUUGAAUUUUUGGAACAAACACUUCAUGCCCCUCUAAGGCGAUGCAAAAUGGACUUUUGAGCAUAAUUCAGGCCAUAAACGAACCGAAUUGUUGACAAGAAGCCCUAAUUGUGUAUUUGGUAAAUGAAAAUGAAUUGUCAAAGCCAAAUCAGUUUCGUUGUUUAGAAAUACACCGAUUCUUACCUUUAAAUUGAUCUAAAACAGGCCUCUGAUUAGCACAAAAAACACAUGAUUAAGCAAAACAAAGGUGAUUUUAUUCUUUGAAAACCUAACAACCACCAUGGGAACACAAAUGAUGAUGUUCUGACAUAGAUAUAACGACCUUUUUACGAGAUGCUUAAAUUUUUCUUUGAUUUAUGUUCAGUUUCACGUCAUAUUUCUAAGCAUUAUUCCAAACAUGUGAAGUCUCCACAUUUUGUCAGGCCCAUCUUUUUUACAUUUUUACCAGAUAAAUUUAGCUUAUCAAAAGGUUCGUUAACAUAUAAUCUUCGUCUGACCUUGUAAUAGCCUGAAUAGUUGUUGUAAAUACCCAUCAGCAAAGGAGCAUGACCAUACUUACAUAGAAUAUACAAACAUAUACGAGAAUCAGUGAGCAGUAUCGAGGUGAACUGUGAUUUUCCGAGUACUUAAGAGCUUAAAAAAUGAAACCAUCCAUCCACAGUUAGGAGAGCUGGAUAACAAAAAGCUCUUGUUGUUUUUUUUUUAAGGAAAAUAACCCAAACAAAGCCUUGCAUUGAGAUGAUGUAGUUGUUAUUAUAUCAAAUUAACUACCCGCCAUUUUGUUGUUGGAGAGUGUGGGGACUGGAUCGAGUUCCCGUCCAAUCCUUCUCCUGUUUCGCGGGAAUUUUUACUGGGCUGCCCGGCAAGCCCAGUCAUAAAAUGGGUUUUCGGUCGUCUGUGUCAAAAAGUGGUCAUCCGGGGGAGGGAAAACACGAGGGUCUGGUAGGUAGAAACGAUGUUCUCACAAAUGGUUUCAUAGGAUUUUCUCUUGCAUGAACCCUUGCACGGAUACUUUUUGUACCUUGUCUGCGCCCCCCCUGAAAAACCCACAAGGCGUUGCGAACCUGAAGAAGGCUAUUUGCGUUGUUCGAAGCGAUUCGACCAUGGGAGUAACUCUAUAAUAUUUUUAUUGUUCGAGUUUAAGUCAGUUAGAUGAUGUUGGCGCUGGGAAACUCAGAGAAAUGCUCGCGUUGCAUUCAAACCGACCCACGGUUCACGGUAGGUUCACACUAAAAGACUGAAAAGAUGACUGUGCUUGUCAGGUUUGGAACGCCUAGGCUGCUUCGUGAACUAUCGAUCGAUGUAGUACAUGAGCAAUUAAGAAGCACAAUUUAUGAGCAAAGUAUUUCACCAGUUGACGACACUAUGGCUGAAGACUUGAUUGUAAGCCGUCAUGGUCAGUGAAGCGAACAACUCAGUUGCCGAUGAAUGGCAGAUGAAUCCUGAUGUGACGCACGUCCAUAAGCGAAGGACGUGACAACUUUGCCAUGUUAGAAGACUGGCUUUUCCUUUAAAUAUUUCCUUCUAUUUAAUGCAACACACGCCACUUUGGAGAUCUAAAUUUCGGAUACUGAGGAUAAAGAAGACACGGACAAAAAUAGGAACUCUGAGAAUUUCGUACACAAGUUUAAAGCUUCUCCGGGACAUCUCAUCCGGGAGCUUCACAGAGAGCGACUUGAGGAAAAUAGGAGCUUUUACUCUGAUUACUGACAAGGUUUGGUGACUGAGUAGAGCAUACAAGUGUAGCCCACGUCGAGGUUUCAGGGAGUUUGCUUUUGUUUGUAUCUGUAUCUUGCUAAGCUUUUGUCAUUAAAUUUGUACAAGAUCUUGUGAUCACAAUUCUGUGUUUUCGCCCAUUCAGCAAGCACGCUAUAUUGAUGUCAGCAUUAGCGAGUUUCAGAAACAUGUCUUUGAAAAUUUUCAGCUCUCGUGAUGUUUCUUGAUAUUUCUUUUACUAUUUUAUGGAGAUGUAAACUGAAGUCACCGCAAAAUGGAAACUUAAAAAAGCGUAUAGUCCAUUUAUCUCGAAACAUAACACACUUGACUUAUACGACCUUUAUUUUCGUAAAGGUGUUUUGAAUACGAACGAACACAGUCAAUGUGAGGGGCAAAAACAGCAUUAAUAUAAAUGAACCAUAGGAUUUUAACUAAUAUAAGGGUCAAUUAUUGUGCAUUGAGAUGAAUCGCUUGAAAAGAGAGACUUCGCUUGAAGAUGUGAUCAGAAGUAAACAAAGGCAUAAUAGUGCGUCACGUUCAGUCUUUUUAAUAUCCAAGGAGUCACUGUGAAUAGUGUUUCCAUAUUGUUUAGCUGGCACAAAAACCUCGGACGAGUUAUAAAGCGGCAUAGUUAUCUUCCAUGAAGAAAAGUUAGUCUUGGGUGAGACAAACAGAACUGGAGCGAAUUUUUAACUCACAUCGGUAUCAGGUAAACUUGAAAAUAUGUUAUCGAUCGUUUCAUCUAUUUACAUUGCUUGAAGUGCGUGCUGGUGAACGCAACAUGCGAGCGAGAAAUCUUUAAACUUUUUUAGGUCUCAAAAUGCAAAGGAUUUUAUUCCUUUAAGUUAGAGAAAAAUACGGUGAGGAAAAUCUUAAAACUGAAUACUUUUCAUCUUGUGGAAAAAAUAGUGCGUUUUCAUGUAGACUAUGGACCGCAAAUUAGGAUCGCACUUUUCACAAACAUGCGAAUUCUGAAGUUCAGAACCCAACCGACGAUUGCGUUUUUCGCUGCUGUCAAUCAUCUUAACGGACCUCUUAGGAAACAAAACUUUACUUCACGGGUUCAAAAGGUCAUGGUUUGUGAUUUGUGGAUUUCGAUCCGUUUUGUGUGUUUCUCUGUUUCAAGGUUCGUUGCUUGUGAUCGCAAUUAUGAUUGACGGCAGAGAUAAACACAAUUGUGAAGGUGGCUUUUGAACUUUAGGGUUCGCAUGUUUGUGAAAAGCGCAGUAAAGUCUCCGUGCAGUCAGUGAGGCCCCUGGAUCAGGCGGGAUCAAUGGGCAGUUAACUGUCUGUUUUAGUAUAUUUCUGGUUCUCAUACAAUACAAUAUUUCUGUCUAGUGUAAAUCAGCUCAGUCUGUCGCAUUUUAUGCUCGUAGAAGGACAACAAUUUUUGGAAAUUCCUGUUACGUCAAAUUAGUCACGUUAUACUGUCACGCUAUAUUUUGGGGCACAGAGGGAUUGGGGGAGGGGUGCGUGGAAAUAAUGCAAAUUGUUUCCUGUUUAGAAUUAAUGGCUAACUUGUUUAUUUUUAUUCAUAAUGGUGGAAUUUAAAAGUUAUUAUACAGCCCCCACUUAAAAAUGGUACUCUUUUUUUUUGGUUACGAAAGUCUUUCAAAAGGGUACAAUGUUCUGAAUGAGUUUAUGUUUCAGUCUCACAUGAGAUUCUGUUGCAUGCAAUGGUUGCCGACAAGGUUUUAUGGUAGCCUGAGUGUGUAUAGCUGCCCCCUCCCCUCAGAAAAAAUAGCCCCUUUGCAGCCCAGUUAAAAAUCGCCUUUCGGCGAUUCUUGUUUUGUGUUUUACAUCAGGUGUGUUCGAAGUUCUGGAAGGUGAUCUGUUUCAGGAUGAUUUUACGGUGGCAUUUAUUCCUUUGGAGGGGUGAAUGACCAGUGCGGUGUCACGUCGUGGGCUGUGCAAGAAACAGGAAUACUUCCUUUGUUGUCUUGCGAUAGCGGCAUGACUGCAUGGUUAAAGCACAAGUAGAAGGGUUCAAGUGUGUCCGGGGAAGAAGAGGAACACCUGGAGAUGCCAAAGCUACAGGUAAUUCAAGAGAUCAGGUAGUUAUCAUACACGCGCACAAAUGGCUCUUAUCGCGGUUUACGGGACUCCUUUAUUUGCCUGUUUCGUCGAAGACAAGUGAACUUAAAAUAGGCCUAGCCACAUAAUUCCGCAGGAAUUGUUUUGGGAAUAUUAUACACCAAAAAGAAUUUUAGAAAAUCUCAAGAAUAUUAGAAAAAUUGUAAAACACUAGAACUUGAAUAGCAGUAUAUAUAGGAGAAUACUGAAUAACAGUUUGAACAGUUAACCGAAUUUUGGCAACAUUUCACAGGCAAAAACGUUGAAAAAACGUCCUUAUUUUUCUAUAUUUUUUCAUUAAAUUUUUAAUUAAAUAGUUAACAUUAUUUUAAAUAAUUUUUUAAUUAAAUAAUGAAACAAUUUUUUUUACAAAUAUACACGAAUCUUCCGUGCUGUUCCAGAACAAUUCAGAGUCAGGUCCCAUUCAAGAACGACAUAUGUGUGUUCAUUGUGUAUGCUUUAUUCCAAGCAAAUACAAUAAUAUCAACUAAUUCGGUCGAUUUUGCGACGGCGUUUUAAUGACAUUUUCUCGCUGAAAAUGUCAAUUUCAUCGAAAAACUUAGAUGCAGCAUGUUUUCAAAGAUCUUCGACGAAAAGGGUAAAUAAUGGAAAUCAGUAACUGAAUUGUGCAUUGCAUGAUAAGCGUGUGCACGUGACAAGCUGAAUGUAAACAAGCAGCUUGAGCAGACACAAAACAGCCUUCAAGUUAUUCUUAUCGUCCUUGUCUUUUUUUUUUUGACAAAUUUGUUGAAUGUUUAGUGCUUUUUCUAAGGGACUUGUCAGAAAUUAGCAGGCAGGGGGGGGAGGGGAGGUGGGAAUUUUAUUUUUGGGUUCGGAAAUGAGGUGACCCAUCCCUGCAAUGGGAAUGAAAUUUGCUAACCCUCCCCUAGAGCUUGACCUAAAAUAUCAUGACCCUCCCCCUCUUGUAUAAAUGAUAAAAUCUAGUUCUUGCAAUACACUAGGGUGAGUCAGUAUUAUGAAAACUCAAAAUAUAUUUCUAAUCUGUUCUUUGUAAUGCUGUAUACAUACACUCGACUCUCCUACUUCUCCCAAGUUUUUUUUUUACCAAAUAAAGAACUUCCUUUUUCUUCUGUGGGUGAACCUCUAUAUGAUCACGGGCAUGCAUUUGCACGACCCUCCCCCUUUUAAUGGCCCAUUUUUCAUGACCCCUCCCUUUUCUGAGUCUCAAAAAGUUGUGACCCUCCCUCUGUUUCCACCCCCCAUCCACUCCUGCUAAUUUCUGACAAGUCCCUAAGGACCCAGGAAAUUAACAUGGGAAUCAAUCAACCAUAAACAAACAAUCUGAGACGACAAUAUCGUAAAUUAUAUAUCAUCGUCUUUCUUUAAGCAAAAGAGUUCCGUAAACCGCGAUGAGAGCCAUUUGUGCGCGUGUAUGAUCCCUAACUGAUCUUCUGAAUCACCUGUAGCUUUGGCAUCUCCAGGUCUUCCUUUUCUUCUCCAGACGCACUUGAACCCUUCUACUUGUGCUUUAACCAGGCAGUCCUGCCGCUAUCGCAAGACAACAAAGGAAGCAUUGCUGUUUCUUGCAAAGCCCACAACGUGACACUGCACUGGUCAUUUACCCCUCUAAAGGAAUAAAGUGCCAUCGCAAAAUUAUACUGAAACAGACCGCGUUCUAGAAUUUCGUACACACCAGGACCCAGUCGUUCGAAGGCCGAUUAGCGCUUAACCCGGUGUUAACUUUAACCCGUGUUUGUUUUUCGUGUGUUUAAAAGCAUUUUCUCGGAUAAAUUUCUCUGCUAUAUUUAGAGCUUCCAAUCAUCAACUUGUAGACAAAAAGAAUUAGAACUGAAAUGCUUUUUAAGCUUUCAAAUCUGAAUUCAAAUCUCGCACUAACCCUGGGUUAUCUUAACCCUGCUUUGAGCAACUCGGCCCUGAUGAAAAACACAACAAAUUCCCGCGAAAAGGAACUCCGUCCAGUCCCCACACUCCAAAAUUGCAGGCCAGCUAACUUGAUGUAAUAACAAUUGCACCAUCUCAAUGCAAAGAUUUGUUUGAGUUGUUUUCUUUAACAAAAGCAAAACAAGCUUUUUGUUAUCCAGCUCUCCUAACUGUGGAUAGAUGGUUUCAUUUUUUCAACUCUAAAGGACUCGGAAAAUGACAGUUCACCUCGAUACCGCUCACUGAAGCUCGUAUAUGUUUGUAUAAUCUACGUAUGUAUGGUCAUACUACUUUGAUGGGCAUUUACAACAACUAUUCAUGCUAUUAUAAGGUCAGACGAAGAAUAUAUGAUAGCGAACCUUUUGAUAAGCUAAAUUUAUCUGGUAAAAAUAUAAAAAAAUGGGCCUGACAAAGUAUGGGGACUUGGAGUAAUGCUUAGAAAUAUGACGUGAAACCACAGGUGGCCCAAGCGUAAUAUGGGCCACCUGUGGUGUAAUGUGAGAGUUUGUAUGGGAAAAAUAGAGUUUGAAACUUAGAUGAAAUAAAUGUCAGGUCAGAUGAUGUAAAAGUACUCAAAUCGACCUGAAACUUCGUAAAAACAAAGACAACGGCUCCAGGUAACAAUAUUUACACUUUACUGAUAACUUUUAUCGCUUUUACUUCAUUUAUUUCAUCUAAGUUUCAAACUCUAUUUUUCCCAUACAAACUCUCAUAAUAUACCAUAGGUGGCUCAUAUUACGCUUGGGCCACCUGUGGUGAAACUGAAUAUAAAUCAAAGAAAAAUUUAGGCAUCUUGUAAAAAGAUCGUUAUAUCUACGUCAGAACAUCGUCAUUCACGGUGUUCUCAUGGUGGUUGGUAGGUUUUCAAAGAAUAAAUUAAAUCACCUUUGUUUUGCUAAAUCAUGUGUUUUUUGUGCUAAUCAGAGGCCCGUUUUACACCAAUUUAAAGGUAAGAAUCGGUGUAUUUCUAAACAACGAAACUGAUUUGGCUUUGACAAUUCAUUUUCACUUACCAAAUACAGAAUAACAACAAUUUGGUUUGCUUAUGACCUGAAUUAUGCUCAAAAUUCCAUUUUGCAUCGCGUUAGAGGGCAUGAAGUUUUUGUUCUAAAAAUCAAUAAACCAUAAUAAGCCAAAUUUUUUUCACCUGAUUUUGAUAAUUGGGUGACUAAAGUAAACAGUGGAAUAGGUAUGGAAGUUAUGCAAGAAGGCAGGUGAAUAUAGUGAAAUUUUGAAAAAUGGCUAUUUUGGGUUGUAAUUUUAACCUCAAUUUUGACCAAACUCUAGCCCCAUGCUCCUCUCUGUGCAAUACCUUGAGGACAAAGUUACAUGCAUGAACUGAAAGCUCUAUUAUAGUAGAGUUCAUGAUAAAAUUCAUUUGGCAGCUCAAUUUACCAGUGGGGUCUUAUCACACUUGCAAAAUGCCCCCUGGAAGGCUGGAUUUUUGGUGCUCAAAGGGCAAAAAAUGAGACCCCCCCUGUAACUCCAAAACUAAAAGUCAGAGAAGUGAGCCAAAGUGGCUUUUGAAAUGUCUCAUCACACCCAACUUCUUUGUCAAGUUUCAGCCAAAUCGGUUGACCACAACUUUUGGCCCCUGGAACACUUUCUCAGACAAUGACAGUUAAGUGGUGAUUUACUCAGUUUGAACGAAAGUGUAAUAUUUUGGAGAUUUUUCAUUAUUUUCAAUAUUUUGAACGUUUUCGUUCAAUGAUUAUUGUAUGUGCGUAUAUAUCUGCGGUGAUACCUUAAAGAACCGUAGUAGCCCCCGGGCUUACAAAUCAUUGUCAGAGACUGUUACGUCCCUAAUGAUUCUGUUCAUUUCACAAGAAUCAGAUGUUGAAAUUGUUGUAAGACACCGGGCCUGUGAUUUUUUCUCCUUUUCUGAGAAGUGUAGAAAGUCGAAAUAUAGGCUAUUUUACAGUUGAAGGUUUGGCUGAGGUUGACCAUGUUUUGAUACAACGCUCCUUAUUUUUCUUAUGAAAAUUAUGUUUGAAAAAUACUAGUUAACUGAAGAACAACAUGAGUUAUAUAAUAAAGUAAGAAGGGUUGUUUUCAAACAAGGUCAACUCCAGCCUCGUUUUCACCUAAUCGUAGCUCUAUCGACUCAGAGAGUUUGGUUUCCAACCAAUUACCAAACCAGUUGGUAAGUAUCUUGAUGUUGAGAUGAUGUAAACUGCUUAAAGUCCAACCUUUUGUUUUAAAAUCCGUCCAGUGAACAUUGCAAAGAAAAAUAAGAGACUGCUGGUAGUGUAGAGAUGAUUCAGUUAGCUCUAGUAAUGAUCUCUUGGCUUGAUUCAUCAUUUUUCAGAGGACGGCACGGUCAGCAUUUCAACCUUAAUGGACGAGACAUACUACGCCGAACGAAUACGCCUUCUAGAGUCUCAACUGCAAGCCAGGGAAGAUGUUAUUCAGUGUCAAAUCUGCAUGGAAAGACACAAAACAGUGGUGUUUUUUUGUGGUCAUGGCACCUGCAAAGAAUGCUCAGAAGGACUCAUAAAUUGUCAUAUUUGCAGGCAAACGAUACAGUCUUUUGUU